AUUUCCACAGAGUGAAACACACUAGCUUCGGUAGCUUGCACAAGGAGUAGAUUCUCUGGUGUUAAUUUUGUCUACACAUCAAUUGAUUUAAUAGCCAUGGAGGUAUGUGGAUGUUAAUGUCUGUUUCUUCUCUGAUUGUUUAGAAUCAAGAUAAAUUGGCGAAUAAAGAAUGUUGUGUUUGAAAGAAUGUGGUGCCAUCGGUGGCUCUCCUUUUGGAGUUUGAAUCUACGGUAGCUCAGGAAAUCGUUUGGAAGGAAAUGUCAGAGGAAUAGAGUGAAAAUUAUCUGAUUAUUUUAACUAUUAUAGAUACAUAAAUGUACCUUCAUUAUCCGGGACUCUGGCAACAAGAACAUACAUUGCAGUGUACUUCCCUCAUUCUCCAUAACAAGACUUUGAUGAUUAUCUUCAAGAGGAAGAAAGAGGUCUCAAAUAUAUUGAGACUUAUAGGACUACAGUUUGAACAACCAGGAACUUGGAACAUAUUUGUGGAUUUUACUUGUGUGUGUUUUUUUUUAAAUGGCAUAACGAGGAUUUGUGACCUAAAGCAGAUCAACAUGUGUAUGAAUAGGAGAUUUAUGAGAGCCUGAGGGUUUUACUGUCAAGGGUGAAUGGUUUCAAGCCCUAAAAAAAAUCUGCUCCGGAGAGCACCAGUAAACAAACCCGAUGACUAGGCAAUCUUGUUGUGGGAAUCCUGACGUAUGUUAUGCUGUUAGUUCAUUUAUUCAGUGAGUUUGAACAGAAGGAAAUUUGGAUUUUAUUCCAUUUGUUCAGCUGUGAAAUGGAAUGACUGAGUGGAACAUAAUUGUAUAUUCAUUGAAUUUUGACUCUUGAAGUUGAUCCUCUUUGUGUGGAACCAACAUAUCCUGGAAGCUGCCAGCACCUCUUGGUUGGCGUUGUACUGACAACUACAUGUAAAACUGGGAAAAUAUGACUUUAACUGUAAACAGACAGUAUCUUGUACAGUAUGGCUCAACUUUAUUUGCAAAUCAAAAUAGGAAAAUGAGCUGAAGCAGGAGGCCUUUAAUUUACCAGUAUUUUAGAGUGUGGAACUUCACAAUCAAAUGGAACAUAAAUCUUUUCAUUUGAUUUUGGCAAUAGAAAUUGAAUGACUUCUUUUGAAACUGGAUGGAAUUGUGUUGACCUCAAACUGUAAACAAGUAUUGCUAUUACCGUGGCUGAAAACCAUUAAAACCUCAAUGAUAUCCAUACAAUAUAUUUUCAAGCUUCUUUGAUUUACUUUGAACAGCCUCAAGUUCUGACCAGGAAACAAAAGAGGAACUUUCCAUUUUGUUGUACACUCUGCAUGCCUAAGGAAUAAGAUCAUAUUGUUGAAAAUGCUGAAAAAUAUAGGUCUAUUAUUGUUAUAUUAAUAGCCACGCUACUGCUUUGAACAUCUGUUGUUAAUGGUUGAAAAGUUGGCUUUUGAGUGUGUACUAACACGGACAACCAUUGGAAAUUGAUCUGCGAUGGUACAUGUAAAUGAAUGUUUGCCUAGUUGUGAACCGUCAUCAACGAUCGAUCUACCCCCUAAUUACAGCUACAUGUACAUGUAUCCUAACCAAAUCCAGCCCGAAACGGUUCUAUGAGGAUCAUUCGUUUGUUUGUUAACAACGUUGAAUUAUUAUUUUCAUGUGGCUGGCUGUUGUCCCAUUUUUAUAGUUCCUGCUGACAUUUAUGUAAAUCAUUGAACAAAUAUCAGAUGGUCUGAUUGAAUGUUUGUAUUUCAUCAACAAUCAUGUCAUCUCUUUGGAUCAGUGCAAAUGGUCGUCUUGACCUUUCGAUCCGAGGGUCAACUAUCAUCAUGGCCAGUCAGGUCAGAAAGAUGAUCCUCAAUGAGGGAGAACACAAAAACACCACUCUUUACAGACUAAAAAAAGGAUGGACCCUGCACUUCCAGCUUGGCCCGUCCCUGCAGGCUCGGAACGUUUGCAUCUUCACCAACCAUCCGCCCCAAGGGAAGAUCUUCAAUCGUAAGGAGUUCUACGAGCUUGGUUGGGAGAUGGCUUCCCAGUCACAGUGUGACACGUCCGAGAGAUACUGCAAGGUGGAGCUUGGGCUUGCAGGAGCGUUUCAGUACUACUUCACGAUCGAUAACCGUAUGAAGGAGGAAGGCUCAGGGUUCUUCUUGGUAGAUCCUGUCCUGACCGUGGCUGCAGAGACGGACAUCCUUCCCCUGGACUGCAUCACCGCACAGACAGUACUCACCAAGAGCCUGGGACCCUUCUCAUCCUGGGAAGAACGGUUGAGGGUCAGCCAUGAGUCUGGAUACAACGUCAUCCACUUCACACCGAUCCAAGAGCUCGGGGCGUCCAACUCCUCCUACUCCAUCAGGAACCAACACGCCAUCAACCCGUCCCUCGAUUGCAACGGCAACAAGGUAACCCUUGCGGAUGUCCAGGGUCUGGUGUCCAAGAUGCAACACGAAUGGGGUGUCCUCAGCAUAUGCGACGUCGUCUGGAACCACUCGUCCUUCGACAGCCCAUGGCUGAAGGAACAUCCGGAGUGUGCUUACAACGUCCAGAACUCCCCGCAUCUUCGGCCGGCAUUCGUUGUCGACCGUAUCUUUGCUCAUUUCAAUUCCGAGGUGAUGGAGGGGAAGUGGGAGGCUGUCGGUAUCCCGAAGAUCAUUGACAAUGAGGAACAGUUACAUAAAAUAAGACACAUACUGACCCAUGAAGUCUUCCCUCCAUUCAAGUUAGAAGAGUUUUAUCAAUUAGAUGUGGAGAAAACUUUAGAAGAAUUCAGAGAAAAAUGCAAAGGUUCUAAAGAGGCCACCCCACAGAAGGAGAGUAAGCCAUGGGAAGUUUCCAUUGUCCAAGAUAAAAAAUACAGAAGAUUAGCUAGUACUAUUGACAUGAAUAAGGCCUUGGAUAACUUCAAUAUACAGAGGAACGGAGUUGAUGAACCUGAGGCUCGGAUAGAGCAAUGUUGCCAGGAUCUCUGCAGCCAUCUUGAACGUCUCAAUGGCUUGGCUUCCAAUGUGAUGGGAGAGGAUAUACGAAACGCCAUUGAGAAUCUCAUCAGUAAUGCCCGCUAUCAUCAUCUAGAUGCAAAUGGUCCGAAGCUGGUCGAGGUCACCAAGAAAAAUCCACUUGUUAAUGAGUACUUCCGACAUCCUGGACCAGCCACCAAUGUACAAACGGAAGAAGCGUUGAUGGACUCUGCUAAGGCCCCUCAUCUCAUGGCUUCCAAUGGAUGGGUUAUGGGCGAUGAUCCUCUGAAGAACUUUGCUGAAGCUGGUUCCAAGGUAUACUUGAGAAGGGAGCUGAUCAACUGGGGCGACAGCAUCAAAUUACGAUACGGUAAAAGCCCCGAAGAUUGUCCGUUUCUAUGGCAACACAUGCUAGAGUACACAAAGAACGUUGUUUCUGUGUUUCACGGUGUUCGUAUCGAUAACUGUCAUAGCACUCCCAUCCAUGUUGCAGAGUAUUUCUUGGAUGAAGGGCGUAAGAUUCGGCCAGAUCUGUAUGUGAUGGCUGAAUUGUUCACCGCAUCGGAACACAUUGAUAACAUGUUUGUCAACAGGUUAGGAAUAUCAUCACUCAUAAGAGAGGCCAUGAGUGCAUUCGAUUCACACGAAGAAGGUCGUCUGGUCUACCGAUAUGGAGGGGAACCUGUCGGUUCAUUUCUCCAACCUGCGGUACGCCCUCUAGAGCCAAGUAUAGCCCACGCCCUAUUCAUGGAUGUAACCCAUGAUAACCCGUCACCCGUUCAGGUCCGAUCAGUGUAUGAUCUUUUACCCAGUGCUGCCCUGGUUUCAAUGGCAAGCUGUGCAAUAGGAUCCACUCGGGGAUACGAUGAACUCGUCUAUGAACAGAUCCAUGUCGUGAAUGAGAAGCGAUUUUACACCUCAUGGAACGAGAAUCCCAAGGAUAGUUCCGAGGUCAACUUUGAUAACGGUAUCAUCGCUGCCAAGAGAGCUUUGAAUGAACUUCAUCAGACCCUAGGAGAUCAAGGAUAUACUCAGGUGUACGUAGAUCAGGUGGAUGAGAACAUUGUAGCUGUCACUCGCCACUGCCCAAUAUCCCAUCUUUCCGUCAUCCUUGUCGCCCGGACGGCUUUCAAACAUCCUCACAAUGCCAAGUACACAGGGCAUAUACCACCGCUGUGCAUACCCGGUUCUGUGGAGGAGAUCGUCUUAGAGGCAAGGCUGGUCGAGCAGGAGAGGGAGAGUGCCCCGUCCUCCUCCACACACAUCACCGGACUCUCAAACUAUGGUGUCCAGAUGCAGACCCACGUCACGCUCCUCAACAGUGAGGUGUGUGAGCUUCUGCAGCAUGGUAGUCAGGCUCAGGCUUCUCUUCAGGAAAUAGACUUCAUCAACUUUCCACCAGGGAGUGUCAUCGCUUUCAAAGUUGUCCCCCACCCGUCUGCUCGAGCUUCUCUCUCUUCCCUCCGAUCCUGCAUCUCUCAGUUCGGCUACCGUGUACGUACCCUCAGCGGUUCCAGUCCCAUGGCGUCCAACAACUCCAGCUUCCAUAGCCUCGCACAGAAGCUCUCCCUGACGGAUAUGAACCAUGUCCUCUACAGGUGUGAUAACGAGGAAAAGGACGAUGGGAAGGGCUCGGCGACCUAUGACAUCCCAAAAUUUGGCAAGCUUGUCUACUGCGGAUUGCAAGGUUUCAUGUCAUUGCUAGUAGAUAUCAGAAGUAAGAACGACUUGGGGCAUCCUAUGUGUGAAAACCUGAGGCAAGGUGACUGGAUGCCUGGCUACGUGGCUAACAGACUCAAGUUAAACCCUGCUACUAAACAGCUUGGUUUAUGGUUUGAGAAAGCGUUCACACCACUCACUCAGAUCCCACGCUACCUCAUACCGUGCUACUUUGAUGCCAUCAUGGUUGGAGCUUACACGGUCAUCCUCGACUUGGCCUGGAAGAAAAUGAGCUCAUUUGUAUUAGAUGGAUCCUCCUUCGUUCGAUCCCUCGCUCUUGGCUCGGUUCAGAUGUGUGGUAUCGUGAAAACCUCUCCCCUGCCUGUCAUGUCGCCGUCACUAGAGGGCGUACCGACAGGUCUGGACGAGGAGACUGGGAAGUACGUGCAGAGGGCGUCGACCAUGUCGGCAGGGCUCCCUCAUUUCUCCAGUGGUUUCAUGCGAUGCUGGGGAAGGGAUACGUUCAUCGCACUCCCGGGAUUGCUACUCGUCACAGGAAGGGCUGAUGAGGCAAAACACCUGAUUCUUGCCUUUGCCGGCACCCUGCGCCAUGGACUCGUCCCAAACCUCCUGGGAGGCGGGGACCACGCCCGGUUUAACUGCAGGGAUGCGGUCUGGUUCUGGCUCUACUGCAUCCAGCUCUAUACCAAGACAGUCAAGGACGGCAUCUCCAUCCUGGAAGCCCCCAUCUCAAGGAUCUUCCCUUCGGACGAUGCUGAUCCCCACCCUCCUGGCUUUGUGGAUCAACCACUGAGUGAAGUGAUACAGGAAGCAAUGCAGAGACAUGCGGAGGGAGUGAGCUACAGAGAGAGACAUGCUGGGCAAGGUCUUGAUAGGAAUAUGACAGAUCAAGGGUUCAACGUAACGCAUGGUGUGGAUCAUAAUACCGGCUUCCCGUUCGGAGGAAGUGAGUGGAAUUGUGGGACAUGGAUGGACAAGGUUGGAGAUUCUGAGCUUGGAGGUAACAGAGGGAUCCCUGCUUCUCCCAGGGAUGGAUCUCCGGUAGAGAUAGUUGGUCUAUGCAAGGCAGCAGUGAGGUGGCUUGCGGCGCUUCAUAAAGAAGGGAAAUUCCCCCACGAUGGGGUCACUGUGAGGAUAGAAGGAAAGCAGUCUAAGUUAACGUACUGGGAGUGGGACCACAAGCUCCAGGCCAACUUUGAGAAGCACUUCUGGAUAGCGUCCGAUGCGAGUAAGACGGCCAACAAGCUCAUCAACAGACGUGGCAUGUACAAGGAUAGCGUCGGAGCAACACAAUUCUGGGCCGACUACCAGCUGAGACCCAACUUCCCAAUCGCGAUGGUGGUGGCUCCAGAGCUGUUCACACCCAGUAAUGCAUGGACUUCGUUGAGUCUGGUAGAGAAGGAACUCCUUGGCCCUCUAGGCAUGAAGACAUUGGACCCAGGUGACUGGGCAUAUGAAGGAGUCUAUGAUAAUGCCUAUGACGGUCCUAACAAAAAGACUGCUAGAGGUUGGAAUUACCACCAAGGACCGGAAUGGUUGUGGCCACUUGGAUAUUUUCUCCGAGCUAAACUUCAUUUCGCUCGUGUUCUUCCUGAUGCUCUGGCCGACACAUUUGAAAGCACUGUGCAGUUCAUCCGCAAGACCCUCAUCCGUCACCACGAGGAGAUCAUGGUGUCGCCAUGGCGAGGGCUGCCCGAGCUGACCAAUAAGAACGGGGCCCCCUGCAGAGAUAGCUGCCCUACGCAGGCCUGGUCCAUGGGAUGUCUGCUGGAACUGAUGUCAGACCUAGACCAGGCCCUACGGCAAUAGACCUGGACCUGCGGGAAUUCUUAUCAGUGGGCUUUCUGUCAGGAAAUAGUAUUUCCAACUAAGAAUGAGCUCCCGAGGAGUAUUUCAUGAAGUAUCCUUUCAGCAAUUUCAAUGACGAAUUUUGCUCUGAGCCAAUCAGAUGCAAGGAUUUGAGUAGCUUAUAACAACUUUCAGUGAGAAUCACUGAUUAUUUGUUCUUGAAAUUCCCCCCUGAUCACUAGGAAUAGGAAUUGUGUCAGGCUCAGACUGAAACAGCCAUCUUAAUUUAUCAUGGAUAAUGAUUAUAAUUUUGUCAACUCUCUUUGUUCGUAUAUAUACCUUUAAAGUGAUAACGCUUAUCCUGCCACAGGAAGUUAGUGGAACUGUGGGACGUCAUCUGACCUCCAGAUCCACUGUCAACUGAUAUAUCUAGAUUAAUAAUUAGAUGUAUCUACUUAUUAUGCUAGUUCAUUGAUUUAACUUGCCUCCCAAAUAUGAUAACCAAAUUGUUGCAUGUAGAGUAGCGUGCUCAUACGUCACCUUGCGGUCCAUGUAGUCAACUCUCUAGUACUCACUCUUUCUAUUUCACUUCUGUCAUUACAUGCCUGGCUAGAAAAAGUAAACUGUCACAUGGUCAAGACCAGCUUUGUUUACUUCCAUUGUCAUCUCCUCCCACAUGGUCUUAUCCUAGUUCAUCGGAUUCUACAGUGUGUCCCAGAAAAAAAGGAAACUGGGAUUCCCACCCCUUUUUACUUCAAAGGCAAAUCAAUUGUGAUAUUUAAUUUACAUUAUCAUGCAAUUCAAUUAUUCCUCUACAUUUUGAUGCCUUGUAUGUGACGAACACGUCACUUAUUAAUGGGCUAGAGGAGUGCGAAAUUUUAAUGUCAAAAUCAGGUUUCGCAGAAAAGUUUAACAAGAUUGGUUCGUGAUACGACAACCAUGCUUAUUCGACGACAGGCUCAUUAGCAUUUCUUUUGUAUUCUUUGUUCGUUUCUCUCACUGAUCCCUGAAAUGAGAGUGAAUUCAGAUUCACACGUGAUUCUCUGCGCGAAUUGUUUCUGAUUGGCCUCAAUAUUGUUUUCAAUCUGCCAUGUGUGAAAUAUUUGCUAAGCUGUUGGUCUCAAAUUAAAGAUGAGAUUCCACUUUUACCGUAAGUAUAAAAUUCAUAGUAAAAACAUGUGUAAUAAUGGUAAAAUCUAGCUCUGAAAACGGGUUUCCUUUUUUUGUGGGACGCACUGUAGUUUGUCUACAACCAGCUUGUUUACCAACAAUUUGCUCUGGUUGCCAUUUAGUCCAUUUAUCACUUUGUCUAAUUUCCAUUUGGGUUGUACCCGAUUCAUCUCAUAUCCGCUUGGUACAUGUAUUUCCCCCUAAUCUGUAUGAUUAGUUCAACAAUUUUAUGAACCAAAUUUCCAUUUUACAAAGGAAAACGCAACGUUAUAAGUGGAUAAAAUGGAAAUUAGGCCAUCUUGGCACUAGACCAAAUGAUAAUUAGAGUAAGUGGGCUUUUAAACCAAGUUUAGUGUAGACGAAAAGGCAAUUAGACCAAAUUCAUACAUGUAGUAGACCAAAUUAUUUGUAUCCCGUGUGGUAUUAGAAUAGAAUAGAACAAAUAAAUUUAAAUCAACUUUGCUCUCUAAUUAAUCACUCUGCUCAAUGUAGAACCUUGGCUACUCAAUAUACAGUGGUGCUCAAAAGUUAGUGAACCCCACCAGAAAAAUGAACAUAUAUAAAGUGUUCAAAUUCUGUCGUGUUUUUAUAGAUGUUUAAUUGCAAAGUCAGGUGAUGAAAUAUUGCAUUCAAUGAAGUUUGUUUCUCUGGGCUUGACGAAUAAUGUAGUGCUGUUGUCUACAUUCAACACUCAGCAUGAAGGAGUGCAAUUUGUGGUGGGGUUCACUAACUCUAGAGCACAACUGUAGUUGAAAACUCUACUGGAUGGACAAUAAUUUAUAUAACUCAUUGCUUUUAUAAUGCUUCCAGUCUAAAAAAAUAUAUAUAUCUGAUAUUCCUUUAAGGUUUGUCUGUCAAAUUGUUUUAUGGUGCUCCUGAGUUGUAGGUGAAUUUACUUAUGAGAUAAACUUUAUGAAUUAUUUUCUGAUGUAUUUAAAUUACUUAAAGCAAAUCUAAAUGUAGUGAUAUCAUUUUGUCAAGGGCAUGCUUUGAUACAGAGUCUGUUUAUAUUUUCUGAAACACUCAAGAAUCUUGUUCUGAAAUUGAUUUUUGUUGAUUACUUAAGGUGCAUGUAGCUUUUUUACAUUGUUUUUAUAAAACAAUUCAUUACAUAAACAUGUACAUAGGAUCAGUUCCUUUAAAAAGGGGGAUUUUUAUUCAGCAAAGUAAUUUGUUUACUUGUUUUUGCAUAUGGUGGUUAUGGAUAGGUCAGUAAAUUUACAAAUGGAUUAUCAUGACCUUUUUUAUUUUAUCGUUGUUUUUAUACAAUGAUUCAUUACAUAAACAUGUAAGAUCAGUUCCUUUAACCCUUUGCGCGCUGAUGUUGCAAUCUUACACAUUUGUACAAUUUGUACAAUUAAAUUCAACAAUCGUAAUAAUUGGUUUUCUCCUCUACCUUCAAAUUACAUAAGUUAAUAAAAGGCAAUAGUUCUUGGAUGACAUCUAUAUAAUAAUAAUAAUAAGUAUCAAUGGUGCAAUAUGAAAAUCUUGAAUUAAAGAAAAUAACAUGGAAACAAUUGUCAUUAUUAUCCCCCCAAAAUUAAUUCAGCAUUCAAAGAGUUAAAAGGGGGAUUUCUAUUCAGAAAAGUAAUUUGUUUACUUAUUUUUGUGUAUGGUGGUCUUAGAUAGGUCAGUUAAUUUACAAAUUGAUUAUUCUGACUUUUUUUAAUUGUUUUUUUAAAACAAUUCAUUACAUAAACAUGUACGAUCAGUUCCUUUAAAAAUGGGAUUUUUAUUCAGAAAAGCAAUUUGUUUGUUUACUUUUUUGUGUAUGAUGGUUUUAGAUGGGUGAGUAAAAUACCAAAUGGACUAUUCUUAAAACUGAUUUUCAUAUUCCUGAUUUGAUUGAUACUAAGCUGAAUGUUCUCAUACAAUAACUAUGAAAGAGGUGAAUUUAUUCCCUUUUUUGAAGAAAAAUCAUGGAUUUGCUCAAUGUAAUGUAUUAUGUGUUGGAGACCUGCAUAUUGACGAUAGUAGUUAACAUGCCAAUUGUCCCCUAAUUGAUAGGGAUUCUCCUAAUUAUAAUCAAAGUUUGAAAAUUAAUUCUAACUUUUCAUGAUGCUACAUGUAUACUCUGAAUUUUUGUUUAACGGAAUGUGUACAUUAAAAUAUUGAAUUUAACCUGAAGUAUAUCCAUAUUUUUGAGAUUUUCGGUCAUGUUCAAAUGUCUUGGCUCCAAGUUCCAAGUCUUGCUUGCUUGCGGAAGCGCCAUGGUGUAGCGGUUCUGACUCUCGUCUUGUAAUCAGAGGGUCGUGUGUUCAACUCCCACCAUGGUCUAGCGCCCUUUGGCAAGGCGUCAAUCCACAAUUUGCCACUCUCCACCCAGGUGUUAAAUGGGUACCCGGUAGGAUGCGAAAGCAUAUGUAGUAUGCCUAGCAAUUGAGUCUUGGAACUCUUGUUUGAAUGCUCCCCAGGGAGUGGAGAAGGUGCAUACAUUGUAUGCGGGCAUGCAAGGAUCCGAUGACCGGGGUAAUAAUAUAUCUGUAAAGCGCUUAGGGACGUCGUUCCGAUGUGUUAAGCGCUAUAUAAAUGCGGAUUAUUAUUAUUAUUAUUAUUAUUGCUUAUAUGUCAAGACAAAUAUAUAGAGUGUCAUUAUGCAUUUUAUAAAUCCACUGCUUUCUAUACAUGCCAUGGAUAUUAACUCAAUUGCAUACAUACAUUGUGUGUUUGUGUAUUAUGGUGCGGCCGCAAGGCAAGACUGUAUUCUUGUGAAUAUUUAGAAGCUCAAACACUCUUCGCAUGUUGGACAAAUUCAUCUUCCAGAAAGGCCUACAUGUAUUUACCUCAACAAGUAUUUUGAUAGACAACUUUACUAAUAUCAUUAUCACUUGAUUUGAAUAUAUGCACAGUAUAAUACAUGUGUGUAUUUAUUUGUUAUUUAUUGUGUAGGUUAUUUGUACCUUGGUAAUCUUACUACAAACCAUGUCUCAAUUUGAAUUUAAUUCUUUGUUACUUGAUUGAUGUUAUGUAUGAUUGUGUUAUAUCCAAUUUGGGUUUGGAAUAACAAUUAUUGAAUUGGAAUAAUUAGUGAGUUUAAUUCAAGAAUGUUGCUUGAUAAUGCAAAAAUGUUGCUUAAUAAGAAAAAUGUUGCAAAAACUAAUGAAUG